GGGGCCUGGGGUAUUGUCGCCGCUGUUGCGGCGUCAGGCGUGCGGAUCAGGUGCCUGAGGAGUGAGCUCAGUGUUUGCCGCCGCCAUGAGCUACACAGGCUUUGUCCAGGGAUCUGAAACCACUUUGCAGUCGACAUAUUCAGACACCAGUGCUCAGCCUACCUGUGAUUACGGCUAUGGAACUUGGAACUCUGGGGCAAACAGAGGCUAUGAGAACUAUGGCUAUGGCUAUGGCUAUGGCUACGGUCAGGAGAACACCAGCAACUAUGGGUACGGGAUGGCCACUUCCAACUCAUGGGAAGUGCCUAGCUCUGACGCAAAUGCAAACCCUAGUGCUGCGGGGAGUGCCAGUGCCGAUUCCGUUUUAUCCAAAGUUAACCAGCGCUUAGACAUGGUGUCGCACAUGGAGCAGGACAUGAUGCAAGGAGGCAUGUACGGCUCGGGAGGAGAACGCUACGACUCCUACGAGGCCUGUGACUCCAGGGCCAUGCUGAGCGAGCGCGACCUAUACCGGUCAGGCUAUGACUACGGCGAGCUGGACCCUGAGAUGGACAUGGCUUACGAGGGCCAGUAUGACGCCUACCGAGACCAGUUCCGCAUGCGUGGUGGCGACGCCUUUGGGCCACGGCCACAAGGCUGGGCCCGGGAUGCUCGCAGUGGCCGACCAGUGGCCACCGGCUAUGGGCGCAUGUGGGAAGAGCCCAUGGGAGCCCGGGGCCAGUGCAUGCCGGGCACCCCCCGGCUGCCCUCCCUCUUCUCGCAGAACAUCCUCCCUGAAUACAGCAUGUUCCAGGGUGUGCGAGGUGGGGGCGCCUUCCCCGGCGCCUCCUUCCCAGGAGGCUCCCGCUUUGGCUUCGGCUUUGGCAACGGCAUGAAGCAGAUGCGACGCACCUGGAAGACCUGGACGCCAGCCGACUUCCGGACUAAGAAGAAGAAGAGGAAGCAGCUGGGCAGUCCGGAUGAGCCCGACAGCAAGGCCUCCAGGACAGACGGCUCUGACAACAGUGACUCUGACAAUGAUGAGGGCACUGAGGGCGAGGCUGGGGAGGCAGCCGAUGGCUCAGAGCUCUUGGACAAGGGCUCCAGAGUGGAAGGAGAGGAUGAGGAGGGGAAGGAAGACGGCAAAGAGGAUUCAGGUGAGUCUGGGGCCCUGACCUCCCAGGAUGAGAGCAGCCAGGCCAAGCACAAGCUGCAGGCGGGCAAGAAAAGCCAGGACAAACAGAAGAAGCGACAGCGAGAUCGCAUGGUGGAAAGGAUCCAGUUUGUGUGCUCUCUCUGCAAGUACCGGACCUUCUACGAGGAUGAGAUGGCCAGCCACCUGGACAGCAAGUUUCACAAGGAACAUUUCAAGUUUGUUGGCACCAAGCUCCCAAAGCAGACAGCUGACUUCCUGCAGGAGUACGUCACCAACAAGACCAAGAAGACAGAGGAGCUCCGGAAAACUGUGGAGGACCUUGAUGGGCUGGUCCAGCAGAUCUACCGCGACCAAGACCUGACCCAAGAAAUAGCCAUGGAGCAUUUUGUGAGAAAGGUGGAGGCAGCUCACUGUGCAGCCUGUGACCUCUUCAUCCCCAUGCAAUUUGGGGUCAUCCAGAAGCACCUUAAGACCAUGGAUCACAACCGGAACCGCAGGCUCAUGAUGGAGCAGUCUAAGAAGUCCUCACUCAUGGUGGCCCGCAGCAUCCUCAACAACAAGCUCAUCAGCAAGAAGCUGGAGCGCUACCUGAAGGGCGAGAACCCCUUCACCGACAGCCCCGAAGAGGACAAGGAGCAGGAGGAGGGCGAGCCGGGCGAAGGGGCUCCCGGAGAGGCCGCAGCCGAGGGGCCGCCGCAGCCACCGGUGCCCCCGGAGCCCGAGGCCGUCGGGCCGCCGCCGCCGCCGCCCCCAGAGGAGGAGGAGGAAGGCGUGCCGCUCUUGGGCGGGGCGCUGCAGCGCCAAAUUCGCGGAAUCCCGGGACUCGACGUAGAGGCUGAUGAAGAGGAAGAGGGGGGCGGGAGCGCCCCUUGAGCGCGCGGGGCUAGUUCAGGUCGAGCCAAUAAAGUGCUUUCCCUUCA